UCUCUCUCUCUCUGAAAUUCCACCUCCGAAUUAGCAAUUGUGAUUUAAAAAACAGCUUACAGUGGACAGUCUGUUCGUUGCGACAGCUGUCCAUCCGUAUAACUCUCUCCCGUAGACCGGGCCAGCUGUUUGUCUAAGAACGAGGAGAAGGAGAAUAAUUAAGUCUGAUCAUUGCUUAGAUUCACGGUCGAACAGCGGGCACCGCACCGUAGAGUAGAGUAAACGCCAGUCAGAUUUACUAGGGAUGCCGCUCAUGGUGCACAUUCGACAAAGAACGGACCUCUCAAAUCGCAAGCACUGGGUUUAAGAAAUUGCCCCUGCAUUCGCUGCGGAGCCGGGGCGCCCUGGAGCCGUGUAAUAUCGGACAGAAUGCAUCUUUUUAGUGCCAUAUUCCUGCUCUUGAUGUUAUCGCUCGUGCCCUGCGAGGCGCUGUAUCCGAGCCCAGAAGAGGGCUGGCAGAUCUACAGCUCCUCUCAGGACGUGGAGGGGAAGUGCCUGUGCACGGUGGUGGCUCCCGCGCAGAACAUGUGCAACCGCGACCCACGCAGCAAGCAGCUGCGCCACCUCAUGGAAAAGGUGCAGAACAUCACGCAGUCCAUGGAGGUUCUGGAUCUGAGGACCUACAGGGACCUGCAGUAUGUGCACAACACGGCGUCCCUGAUGAAGACGGUGGACAGCAGGCUGAAGAUGGCUUCUGACAACCCCAGAACCCUCAACCCCAAGAGCUUUCAGGAGCUGAAGGACACGGUGACCCAGCUGCUCCCCCUGCUGCCGGUGCUGGAGCAGUACAAGGCGGACGCACGCAUGCUGGGGCAGCUGAAGGAGGAGGUGCAGAACCUGUCCCUGGUGCUGCUGGCCAUCCAGGAGGAGAUGGGAGCGUACGACUACGAGGAGCUGAGACACAGGGUCCUCCUGCUGGAGACCAGGCUGCACUCCUGCAUGCAGAAACUGGGUUGCGGGAAGCUAACCGGCGUCAGUAAUCCAAUCACAAUCCGCGCCUCUGGCUCGCGUUUUGGCUCCUGGAUGACCGACACCAUGACCCCCAGCUCAGACAACAGGGUGUGGUCGAUGGACGGGUACCUGAAGGGCCGUCGCGUGCUGGAGUACCGCACGCUGGGCGACUUCAUGAAGGGCCAGAACUUCGUGCAGCACCUGCUGCCCCACCCGUGGGCGGGGACGGGGCACGUGGUCUACAACGGCUCCCUGUACUACAACAAGUACCAGAGCAACAUCGUCAUCAAGUACCACUUCCGCUCCCGCAGCGUGCUGCUCCAGAGGAGCCUGCCCUCGGCCGGCUACAACAACACCUUCCCCUACUCCUGGGGCGGCUCCUCCGAUAUCGACCUGAUGGCGGACGAGAACGGGCUGUGGGCCGUCUACACCACCAUCCCCAACGCGGGCAACAUCGUCAUCAGCCGCCUGGAGCCCCAGAGCCUGGAGGUGCUGCAGACCUGGGACACGGGCUUCCCCAAGCGCAGCGCCGGAGAGGCCUUCAUGAUCUGCGGCACGCUCUACGUCACCAACUCCCACCUGGCCGGGGCCAAGAUCUACUUUGCCUACUACACAAACUCGUCCAGCUACGAGUACACGGACAUCCCCUUCCACAACCAGUACUCACACAUCUCCAUGCUGGACUACAACCCCCGCGAAAGGGUGCUGUACACCUGGAACAACGGCCACCAGGUCCUGUACAACGUCACCCUCUUCCAGGUCAUUACCAAUGCGGAAGACUAGAACUUUCCGUCGUACGUUAAGUAAAACGAGCGCAAAGCCAGAGGCGAAAGCUUUUGGACACGGACAGCCACAGACUCCUCUCCUCUCCUCUCUUCCUGUGAUGAGUGCGCAUGGUUAUUUUCAUUUGUGACCGAAAUAAAAAAAACACUUUGACUUUGA